AUGGAUCACAUAUCAACGUUAUGUGCUCUGAGCACAGUCGGAUUAGCCCCCGCCGGGCUCGCACUCGGUCGCGCUGAACGGAACCAACGCCCCAGCCUCUUCCGGCGCAAAACACUCGCUCAAGAUACCCCCAGUCAGGCCCCGAGGGAAACCAAACAGAUCCCAGUGGAUGUCCGGCCCAAGACCGCUAUCCCAUCUAGAAGUCCGGCGGCCGAAUGGCUCGCCGCCAGGGAGGCGGAGAGCGGGCAUGAGAAUCAAUAUCAAGCAUUCGAUGCGCGAAAGACACCACCGCCUCUUAGCGCCAGACGCCGGAACCGUGGUCAGACCCUCACCAACCCGCCUUUGCGCAUCCCCGAGAAUGAAUCAACGGACUCGUCGGUCCGCACUCACACCCAGCGACCAUCCACUGGCUGGCUGCGGCGCUUGUCGAAGGCCUCGUUCCAGUCGGAAACCCCGACCGCCAACAGUCCAGUGUCGCCAUCGUUCAAUGGAUUAGGAAGUCCCAAUCAGCGACGAUCGCCGAAUAAGCUGAUCAAGCGGCCAGUCUCACAGCACACCAACAUGCACCCCCUCAUGUCUGGGCCGUCGCCAUAUGCGCUGCGCCGGCCUGCCACCAGUCACCAACGUUCCGAGUCCAUGAUCUUUGAUUAUGAAGCUUAUCUUCCCAAGCUAUCUGUCGAAGGUCCAGCGAUCGAGGAUUUUGAGCUCGAUAAACAGAAGCAGUGGAAACCCUUCUUCUUUUCCAAGGCCGGUACAUUGGCAGAGCGACUUUCCCGCAGGUUCUCUACUUCCACUGUGCCAAAGGCUCAGAGCCUUCGACAGAUCGUGUCCGAUCAGGGUGAUCUUCCCGCCUUGGUUAUGGCUAAUGUCGUUUCGCCUGACCCCGUGACGUUCCGCGAGGAGCAAUCAGUGUGUCAUACACCAAUUGAAUUCCGUGAUCCGUUUCAACCGGCCGUGGUAAAUCCUGGGCCCGAGCAAUCACUAGCCCCGGCCCGCCUACCAGAAAAACCAUGCCACAAGCAUUCCUACUCGGUCAAUGAUGUCGAGCCAAAGGUUAUCAUGGCUCACACAGUCACCGCGCACGGGACACCGAUUAUGGGACCUGUUCGCGGCGGUUCUCUGAAACGUGUGAAGGGCAGGACCUUUUCUAUUCCUAGCUCUGAACUUUCAGCCAAAGAAAACGAUGUCGUUAGCCCGACUUCCCGGGAGCCUAACCAGCGGCGAAACGUCACCGAUCCAAGCCUGUCUUGCGCUCCGCAUUCUAACUCGCAGCCUGGUUGGGCGUUGUCGGCUUUGGAAAGACGAUCGCAAGUUGGGCCCCGAUCGGUCUCGCAGGAUUAUAGUAUUGGCCUGGGAUCUCGGUCGGGUCCACGUCAAAUGACUUCGGAUGCGGUCGCCCUGUCGGCCUGGCAGCAUGCCUCACGUCCUGGUCAGACAGCUUAUGGUUCUCUUCGUCGCCGUCCCAAGGGCUUCUCAAUAUCGGAAUCCGACCCGGCUUCCACAAUCAUUGGUUCAGAUGACACUCGCGUGUUUACAUCAUGCGAUGAAUAUGAAACUGACGUGAUAUCCGACUAUUGGGACUCGGUCCGCACACGUGAGACAAAUAGAAGUGGUCUGAAGGGGUUGCGGAUCGAAACAAUGUUCGACAAGGCAGGCACGGGUUUGGUUAACGAGGAAGUCACAACUUUGGAGUCUCUCCUUCCAAGUGGUUCCUUGGCGCCUCCAUCUUUGGACCAGGGUCCUCAAACGUUCGCAUCGGCCGAGGUCUCGAAGAUUGAAGCUCCGUCGGGUCCUCCCGAAAGUCCGGAUCUCGACAAUCUCAGCAUGAUCGAGUCUCUUCAUGACGAUGGCGACUGUUUCUCGUCAUCUCUGACACGAUCACUGGCCAAAUAUGCUGAACAGUCUGAAUUACCUGACUCAGGCAUGGACUUGUCUGAUGUGUUUGCUGGCGCCAUGGAUUCUGACAACAAAAAGACAAACAUCUUUGACUGGUCUGAACAACCACGCCCUGAUCGCGAGUCGUUUGAUUGUGAAACUCGUCCCAAAACCAUGCAAAGCAAACAAGAGGGCGCUAUUGACCGAAACGGCCGCGCUGUGUGCCGGAAGGCACCAUCCACUGUCCACCUUCGAAGCCAGAGCGUCCCCGUUGUCAGUGAACUCCCAGUCAACGAAACACGUCAAACUUCUGGUAAAUUCGGUACUUGGGGCCUGGGCAGCAAGGGCGUUAGUGAGGACUGGGAUAACGAUUUCGACUUUGACGAGACGGAGGAAACACCCGUCGCCGAAGACAAACAACUUACCGCGUCUGAUAUCAGUCGCCAGAGCAUGACUGUCCCCAAGGCCAUUCUGGAGCGCCAAGCCAGUCUCCGCGGUCAAUUCGGGCAGGUUCAGGAAUUGACAUUGCUAGUGGAAGAAUUGAAACGCCUCCGCCAUCAGGCAAACGUGCUAGGUGUUCUGAACGGGUCUUCCAGCGGGCUGUGGGCGGAAGCCGAGCAGAUCGUGAAUCUUGCUACGAUUGACGACGAGGAAGAGCAUCAUUCGCCACCUCGAUCUCCUUCACUCACGUUCAGCUUUGAUGAAUCAGAUGAUGAAGAUGAGGGCCUCCACGCAUCCAAGAGAAAUAGCGAGGUUUCGUGGGACGGUCCUCGGGGUGAAAGUGGCGAGCCCACUCAAUCCCUCACUCAGCUUGCCAAGGAGCCCCCAAAGUCCAAAUCCGUGCUUGAUAUCCUUCAGCCUCACCGCGAACAACAGCCAUCACCUUCUACUCUGAAUGAGUCGGAGCUCUCGUCUCGUGCGAAGAAACUCCCAUUUGAUACUACAUCGUUGAAGCAUUUGGUUGCUCGCGCUGGAGUGGUGACACGUUCCUUGAAGGAGGUUAUUCGCAAGGCAGAUGGGGUAGCAAGCAGCCCACAUGACUUCCCCCAGGACCCGCCAUUCCGUCGUAUAUUUGAUAAGCCGUCUCACGAUGAUAUUGCUAGCUUCGAAGCAGCGCUAGCCGACAUGUCUUAA